AUGUUGAUAUUGAAGUAUUUACUGCUAUCGGUGUUAUUGAAUUCCGUUCCUGUCGUACUAUCCCAAGACGAAGGGCAACUUCCAGAACAUCCUCAAGAACAAGCUAAUGAGCAGCAGAUACAUCAGGAGCAGGCUGAACAGCAGCCACAAGAGCAAACUAUUCAGCAACCUGAAGUGUUUCAAGAAGAGCCUGUACUGAUUCGAGGUAUGUCUUUGGCUCAUGCAUUUCUUAGACGAGUGGUUCUCAUAGGGAAGAAAUUACCCAUUUUGGGUAAUUUGGAGGUGUCAUGGGGUAAUGGAGGGGUCGGGAAAAUAGUAUUUAGUGCAGUUGUCAGACAUUUAAGACAGCAUUUAGAAGGCAUAAUCGACAUCGAAGCGGAAUGGGACGCUGACCAAGAAACGUUCCAGUAUUUUCGUAUCAGCGAUGUCAACGAAGAUCAGUACAUUGACGGACUUGAGGUUAUCAAAGCCGCCAUCCACGAUCACCACCCACCUGAGGGAUUAGCUACGAAACCGGUGUUCACUGACGAGGCUCUAGAGAAGCUUGUGGAUGGAGUGCUAGCAGCGCUCGAUACGAAUGGUGACGGUUUGAUCGACUUCGCUGAAUUUUCGUUCAAAAAGUAUCAAGAACAUCUGUCAAAUGCUCGAGCCAAUGCUUAA